GUUCUUCCUCAGAAAAAUAUUUUUCAUCAAACAUUUGUUUCGGGAAUAAAAAAUUUCAAAAAUAAGUUUAUAUACUGCUUCUGACGACAUAAAAGUUUCUCAAGAUGGGAGGUGGGACACCAACAAAAGUAGUCCAAAUCACCAAUAUUGCACCUCAGGCAACAAAAGAUCAAAUGCAGGCGCUUUUCGGAUUAUUAGGAAAAAUUGAUGAACUUCGAUUAUAUCCUUGCAUACGCGAUGUCUCAGUUCCUGUGAUUUCUCGUAUUUGCUACGUGCGUUUUGCAGAGAGCAGUUCUGUAGCCAUCGCACAGCAUAUGACAAAUACUGUUUUCAUCGACCGAGCACUUAUCUGCAUCCCUGUAUCAUCUGGUUUGAUUCCGGAAGAGUAUCGAGCCCUCGAAAUGUCUGCUAAUGGUACACUUGUACCAGGAUUUGGAACAAACGCACCUGAAUCUAAACUUCCGCCAGAAGUUGUCACAAAGGUUGUAGGAAAGAUUCCAAAUCAAAUUAUUCGCAGCUUCCACCCAAAGCUCGAUGAUGAGAAGCUUCCGGAGUAUCCCGAUCUUCCAGUACACUUUGAUGAGCGUAAAGUUGAGGAAACUCGACGAACAAUUCUUGUCCUCAAUCACGAUCUUAAAGUAAAAAUGAUUGACCUCAUGGAACAUUUCAAACAAGCAGGUGAAGUGAAAUACGCUCGAACAGCUGUUCAUGAUUAUGGUCGACGUAUCUACAUGAUUGAAUUUGCUGAGCAAGCAAGCGUCAUUACUGCUUUAGAGAAACUUCAUGGAACAUACUAUAAAGGUGUUUACCUCAAUCUUCAUCACUCAACUCAACCAAUAGAGAAACCUGAAGCAAAGAGCAAUGAAGCAGCUCAAAAAGAAAUCGAAGAAGCUAUGUCAAUUGUAAAGGAGUGUCACAAUCAAAUCUCAGCUGUUAUUGAUCCAGCAUUUAGUGUGCUCUCAAAAGAUAAAUCUUCUUCGAACCGACGUCGUUCACGUUCUCGAAGUCGAUCUCGAAAACAUCGUUCAAGAAGCGUUGAAAGUCGCUCACGUUCGAAGAGAUCGAGAAGUCGAAAGAGAUCAGCAACACCAAGAGAAAGUCGAUCACGACGAACACGUAAACGCUCAAAAAGUCAUCGCUUAUCGAGAUCACCUUCACGGAAAAAGCGAAGUAAACGAUCAACAAGUCGUCGUCCUGAAUCCCGCAGUCGAAGCAAGGAUAGACGACAUCGUCGGCGCGAUCGCGAUCGCUCACGUGGACAUCACAAACGAUCCAGCCGUAAUCACUCCAGAUCAAGAAGCCGAGAUCGUCGUUCAAAAUCACGCGAUCGUCGCACAAAAUCACGAGACCGUUCACGAUCACGCCAUCGAAGUGAAAGAAAAAAGAAAUCUCAUCGUAGUGAGAAGAAAGAUGAAAGAAAAUAUUCGCAUUCUCGUUCACGUUCAAGGACAUCAACAAAAAAAUCACCUUCUGUUGAGAAAGCAUCGUCGAGAUCAUCAAAGCGACGUUCAGCUGAUCGGAAAGCAAAGAAAGUCCCUGAAGAACGUUCGAGAGAAUAUGAACCGGUCAGAGAUUAUGACGCUGAAGAGAAGAUUGGAUUAGACGACGGUAAUGGAUGUGAAAAGUCAAGCUCGAAAUCAGAUAACAUGGACAUUUCACCAUAAAUCGAUUGACUUUUCUUUUAACAUUUAACUGAUAGGGUUAGUUCCCCAAUUAUGAAUUAAAAUUUUCAACCCUAACUUUUCUUUUUUCCCGGAUUUUCCCCUUUGUUUGUUUUAAAACAUUAUUUUUCAAUUGAAUAAAAAUGAAAAUAAAAUUGAAAGAUUUCAUUUCUGAAUAGA